UUACCCAGCAAAGGACAAAAAAAAAAAAAAUUUGCCCUAUUUUAUUUCCACUUUGUCCGCUUGCAACCAAAACUCGAACCAAACCAAAACAAAACAGAAGCUUCUCUCAUGGCGUUGCCUUCCUCCUUGCCUGUCUCUCUAUAAAAAUCGCGCUCUCUCUCUCUCUCUCCCUAACAUUCUUGUCGUCGUCUUCUCUGUUUAUUUCCCUUAAAGCUUCCUUCUCCGUUUUCAUGGCAUUUCAUCUUUUUGGGUUGGAUUUGAUAUUCCGUAAUUGGAAAUGAAGCUGGCUAAAUAUUGUAACAAUAGUCGUUAUCAGAAUUUUUAUUAUCAACAAUUCGCAUACACAAAUACAUAUUGAAGAAGGAUUAGCAUUUGAUCAAGUCAAGUAAUAAUAGUUAUGGGGUAUCUGAAUUCGGUAUUAUCAUCCACCAGCCAAGUUCAUGGUGGUGAUGGGCCAGUUAGCGGUGGUGGACUUAGUCAGAAUGGAAAGUUCAGCUAUGGGUAUGCAAGUUCUGCGGGGAAGAGGUCUUCAAUGGAGGAUUUUUAUGAGACAAGAAUUGAUGGUGUUGAUGGAGAGAUAAUUGGUCUUUUUGGUGUCUUUGAUGGUCAUGGUGGUGCUCGAGCUGCAGAAUAUGUUAAACAAAACCUUUUCAGUAAUCUGAUUAAGCAUCCAAAGUUUAUUUCUGAUACAAAAUCGGCUAUAGCUGAUGCAUACAGCCACACGGACUCAGAAUUUCUGAAAUCAGACAGUACUCAAAACAGAGAUGCUGGAUCAACUGCUUCUACUGCUAUCCUUGUUGGUGAUCGCUUGCUGGUUGCAAAUGUUGGGGAUUCGAGAGCUGUUAUUUGCAGGGGUGGUAAUGCCAUUGCUGUUUCUCGAGAUCACAAGCCAGACCAAACUGAUGAACGACGACGUAUUGAAGAUGCCGGAGGUUUUGUAAUGUGGGCAGGAACUUGGAGAGUUGGGGGUGUACUUGCUGUUUCUCGUGCAUUUGGGGAUAGACUUUUGAAGCAAUAUGUUGUUGCUGAUCCAGAAAUUCAGGAGGAAAUGGUUGACAGCUCCCUUGAAUUUCUUAUCCUAGCAAGUGAUGGAUUAUGGGAUGUCGUCACAAAUGAGGUUUGCUUGAUUUUAAUUUGUACAACCCUUCUGAUUGAAACAAGGCUUUAUUAAUUUGGGUUGACUUGGUAUAACAAGAUUUCCUUUUCACUUGACUUCAUAGACAAUUUGGAUUAAAUUUUGGUCUUUCCUGCUAACUAUUUAUCGAGUAAGUGAUCUGGUUCUGUUGAAUAAAUUGCUACAUAACCUCUUGUAAUUUUUGAUUCAUCCCAAAAAUUGACGCCAUUAAAGGUUGUUAGAGCGUCCAACCCAAAACCAAUUGGCUAAGAGGUGGGAUACAAGCUCCAUUUACACCCUCUCUCAUGUGGGGGUGGGCUCACACUUGAGGCCAUUAAACAUGCAGGCACACAUGCAUUCAGAAAAUUAGUAUGGGUAAGAGAAUUGGUCUAUUGACUGCUAGUUAAAUUAUGAAAGAGAGGAAAAGAAAGUAAAGAGAGAGAAUACGUUUAUGACAAUAGUGAGAGCUAAUGAGGGAAUUAGGUUCUCUUCCUUAGCCUCAUGUAUUUAUAUUAAUAAGACUCCAAGUACAUAAAGACCCCUCAUAGACAUCACUUAACACUCUCCCUUAAGUUGGAG